AUGGCCACAACCACAGCGCCAAUUCAUUCUGACACCAAAGUUGCGCUUGCAACCUCAUCCAUGCCCGCAAGCUCCCCCAACAACUGCGCUGCCAAUGGACUCUGUAACCCCUCAUUUCGACCAGCUUCUCCAAUCUCCUCCCCAACUGAACUGACAGGCCUCGUUGAUUGA